GCUUUGUGUUGUAGCAGGGAGGCCAGGCAGCAGACUCCUGGACAGCCAGUAGAGGCCCUGGGGCGAGGAAGCAGCUGGGCUGGGAUUGGGGGUGUGCUGGUCCUUGGUCCAGCCUCUGGCCUUGAUUCUCCAGACCUCUGUCCCAGGGCUCCUGGUGGCAGUGCCGCUCUGGGGUGGCAUUCCUACCCCUGCACUCCCUCCCCCAGUUUGUGAUUGUUCUCUGCCUGCCAUUCCCCUGCCAUUCCCCUUCUGCCAGCUCAGGCACAGGCUGUCUGAGGCCUGGGCCUUCCCUGUGGUUGCUCUCCUCAGCUCCUAAACGGGUGUCCAGGGUCUCCCACCCUGCCUUUCUGAGCAUCUGCCCCCUUAGGCGUGGCUCCUCUCCAGCAGGGGCAAGGGUGAUUGAUGGCCCCCAAGCCUGUCCACACUGGCUGCUCACUCAGGCGCCCUGCUGCAGGGCCCUUCUCCCUCCCAGCCACAGUCUCCAUCUGGGACUCUGGUGUGGUUGCGGGCGAGUGGCCCUGGGCCUCUGUGGCAAGCAGAGGGCAGGUGGCUUACACCGAGGCCUCUGACUCCGUGUGCUGUCUCUCUAGGCCUGUCCCCGGGGCAGCUGCUGGCCAUGCUGGCUGUCUGCCCCCUCCUUCUGCUAUUCCUCACUGUGGGGGCAGCCCUGGGCAGCGGCAGGCCCUUCCGUGCCUUCGUGGUGACGGACACCACACUCACGCACCUGGCUGUGCACCGAGUAACUGGGGAGGUGUUUGUGGGUGCAGUGAACCGAGUCUUCAAGUUGGCCCCCAAUCUGACUGAGUUGCGGGCCCAUGUCACGGGUCCUGUUGAGGAUAAUGCCCGCUGCUACCCACCCCCCAGCAUGCGUGUAUGUGCCCACCGCCUGGCACCAGUGGACAACGUCAACAAGCUGCUGCUUAUAGACUAUGCAGCUCGCCGGCUGGUAGCUUGUGGCAGCAUCUGGCAGGGCAUCUGCCAGUUCUUGCGUUUGGACGACCUCUUCAAGCUGGGCGAGCCCCACCACCGCAAGGAGCACUACCUGUCGGGGGUCAAGGAGCCUGACUCCAUGGCUGGUGUCAUUGUGGAGCAGGGUCAAGGGCCCAGCAAGCUGUUCGUGGGCACUGCGGUCGACGGCAAGUCGGAGUACUUCCCCACCCUGAGCUCCCGCAAGCUCAUUGGUGAUGAGGACAGCGCUGACAUGUUCAGUCUGGUGUACCAGGAUGAGUUUGUCUCCUCUCAGAUCAAGAUCCCAUCCGACACACUGUCCUUGUACACUGCCUUUGACAUCUACUACGUCUACGGCUUUGUGAGCGCCUCCUUCGUGUACUUCCUGACACUGCAGCUGGACACCCAGCAGACGCUGCUGGACACUGCAGGCGAGAAGUUCUUCACAUCCAAGAUCGUGCGCAUGUGUGCGGGGGACUCGGAGUUCUACUCAUAUGUGGAGUUCCCCAUCGGCUGCUCCUGGCGUGGUGUGGAGUACCGCUUGGUGCAGAGUGCCCACCUGGCUAAGCCUGGCCUGCUGCUGGCUCAGGCCCUGGGUGUUCCAGCUGACGAGGACAUCUUGUUCACCGUCUUCUCCCAAGGCCAGAAGAACAGGGCCAGCCCACCCCGGCAGACCAUUCUCUGCCUCUUCACCCUCAGCAACAUCAACGCCCACAUCCGGCGCCGCAUCCAGUCCUGCUACCGUGGGGAGGGCACACUGGCCCUGCCCUGGCUGCUGAACAAGGAGCUGCCCUGCAUCAACACCCCCAUGCAGAUCAACGGGAACUUCUGCGGGCUGGUAUUGAACCAGCCGCUGGGCGGCCUGCAUGUGAUUGAGGGGCUGCCCCUGCUGGCCGACAACACCGACGGCAUGGCCAGCGUGGCUGCCUACACCUACCACCAGCACUCUGUGGUCUUCAUUGGCACACGCAGCGGUAGUCUGAAGAAGGUGCGGGUUGACAGCUCCCUGGAGGCCCACCUGUAUGAGACGGUCCCUGUGGUGGAUGGCAGCCCCAUACUGCGGGACUUGCUCUUCAGCCCUGACCACCGGCACAUCUACCUCCUGAGUGAGAAGCAGGUGAGCCAGCUUCCAGUGGAGACUUGUGAGCAGUACCUGAGCUGUGCGGCCUGCCUGGGCUCUGGUGACCCCCACUGUGGCUGGUGUGUGCUGCAGCACAGGUGUUGCCGUAAAGGGGCCUGUCCAGGUGCUUCUGCCCUACAUGGCUUGGCAGAGGAGCUGAGCAAGUGUGUCCAGGUGCGGGUCCGGCCCAACAACGUGUCAGUGACAUCGCCUGGGGUGCAGCUGACGGUAGCCAUGCGCAACGUGCCCGACCUCAGUGCUGGCGUGAGCUGUGCCUUUGAGGAAGUGACAGAGAGCAAUGCCGUCCUGCUGCCUACUGGCGAGCUACACUGCCCCUCCCCCUCGCUCCAGGCGCUCCAGGCUCUGACCAGGGGCUACGCAGGCGCCACCCGCACCGUGAGGUUACAGCUGCUCUCCAAGGAGACUGGAGUGAAAUUCGCUGGGGCUGACUUUGUCUUCUACAACUGCAGUGUCCUCCAGUCGUGCAUCACCUGUGUUGGGAGCCCUUACCCCUGCCACUGGUGUAAGUACCGCCACGUGUGUACCAGCCAGCCCCACAAGUGCUCCUUCCAGGAGGGCAGGGUCCACAGUUCUGAGGGCUGCCCUGAGAUCCUGCCCAGCGGGGACCUCCUGAUCCCCGUGGGAGUCCUACAGCCUCUUACCCUAAGGGCCAAGAACCUGCCACAGCCCCAGUCGGGCCAGAAGAACUAUGAGUGCGUGGUCCGGGUGCAGGGGCGGCAGCAGCGGGUGCCUGCUGUUCGCUUCAACAGCAGCAGCUUGCAGUGCCAGAAUGCUUCGUACUCCUAUGAGGGCGAUGAGUAUGGCGAGGCUGAACUGGACUUCUCCGUGGUCUGGGAUGGAGAGUUCUCUAUCGACAAGCCUCCUGGCUUCCGAGCCGUCCUGUACAAGUGCUGGGCCCAGCGGCCCAGCUGUGGCCUCUGCCUCAAAGCUGAUCCCCGCUUCAACUGUGGCUGGUGUGUGUCGGAGCACAGGUGCCAGUUGCGGGCUCACUGUCCUGCCCCCAAGACCAACUGGAUGCACCCGAGCCAAAGGGGCACCCGUUGCAGCCACCCCCGCAUCACCCAGAUCCACCCACUCAUCGGGCCCAAGGAGGGCGGCACCCGGGUCACUAUCAUGGGUGAGAACCUGGGCUUGGCCUCCCGAGAGCUGGGGCUGCGGGUGGCUGGUGUGCGUUGCAACUCCAUCCCCGCUGAGUACGUCAGUGCUGAGAGGAUUGUGUGUGAGAUGGAGGAGUCACUGGUGCCCAGCCCGCAGCCAGGGCCUGCAGAGCUCUGCGUGGGUGACUGUUCUGCAGACUUCCGCACACAGUCGGAGCAGCUCUACAGCUUUGUGACCCCGACAUUUGACCGUGUGAGUCCUAGUCGGGGUCCAGCUUCAGGAGGCACGAGGCUCACCAUCUCUGGCAGCUCUCUGGAUGCUGGCAGUAGAGUCACAGUGACCGUGAGAGAUGGCGAGUGCCAAUUUGUGAGGAGAGAUGCUAAGGCCAUCGUGUGUAUCUCGCCCUUCUCCACCUUGGGCCCCAGCCAGGCCCCUAUCACCCUCACCAUCGACCGUGCCAACAUCUCCAGUCCUGGAGUCAUCUAUACCUACACUCAGGACCCUACUGUCACUCGUCUGGAUCCAACUUGGAGCAUCGUCAAUGGAAGCACUGCCAUCACUGUGAGUGGGACCCACCUGCUGACAGUCCAGGAGCCCCGGGUCCGGGCCAAGUACCGUGGCAUCGAAACCACCAAUACGUGCCAGGUGAUCAACGACACUGCCAUGCUGUGCAAGGCUCCUGGCAUUUUUCUGGGGCGGCCCCAACCACGGGCCCAAGGCGAGCAUCCCGAUGAGUUUGGCUUCCUCCUGGACCACGUGCAGACAGCCCGCUCCCUCAACCGCUCCUCCUUCACCUACUACCCCGACCCCAGCUUCGAGCCGCUCGGGCCCUCUGGGGUCCUGGAUGUCAAACCUGGCUCCCACGUGGUGCUGAAGGGCAAGAACCUAAUUCCUGCAGCAGCCGGCAGCGUGCUGGUGGGUGGCCUGGAGUUCUGGCUGGGCACUCUGCACAUCACAGCUGAGCGGGCACUGACCCUGCCAGCCAUGGUGGGGUUGGCAGCAGGUGGCGGGCUCUUGCUACUCGCCAUCGCUGCGGUACUGGUUGCCUACAAACGCAAGACUCGGGAUGCGGAUCGCACGCUCAAGCGGCUGCAGCUGCAGAUGGAUAACCUGGAGUCCCGUGUGGCCCUAGAGUGCAAGGAAGCUUUUGCGGAGCUGCAGACAGACAUCAACGAGCUGACGAACCACAUGGAUGGCGUGCAAAUCCCUUUCCUGGACUACCGGACCUACGCCGUGCGCGUGCUCUUCCCGGGCAUCGAGGCACACCCAGUGCUGAAGGAGCUGGAUACACCCCCCAAUGUGGAGAAGGCCCUGCGUCUCUUCGGGCAGCUGCUGCAUAGCCGCGCCUUCGUGCUCACCUUCAUCCACACACUGGAAGCCCAGAGCAGCUUCUCCAUGCGUGACCGUGGCACAGUGGCCUCGCUCACCAUGGUGGCCCUGCAGAGCCGGCUUGACUAUGCCACGGGGCUGCUCAAGCAGCUGCUGGCAGACCUCAUAGAGAAAAACCUAGAGAGCAAGAACCACCCAAAGCUGCUGCUGCGCAGGACUGAGUCAGUGGCUGAGAAGAUGCUCACCAACUGGUUCACGUUCCUGCUGCAUAAGUUUCUGAAGGAGUGCGCUGGGGAGCCACUGUUCCUGCUCUACUGUGCCAUCAAGCAGCAGAUGGAGAAAGGCCCAAUCGAUGCCAUCACUGGUGAGGCCCGCUAUUCUCUGAGCGAGGACAAACUCAUCCGGCAGCAGAUCGACUACAAGACGCUGACCCUGCACUGUGUGUGCCCAGAGAGCGACGGCAGCGCCCAGGUCCCAGUGAAGGUUCUCAACUGUGACAGCAUCACUCAGGCCAAAGACAAGUUGCUGGACACAGUGUACAAGGGCAUCCCAUACUCCCAGCGCCCCAGAGCUGAGGACAUGGACCUGGAAUGGCGCCAGGGUCGCAUGGCCCGCAUCAUCCUUCAGGAUGAGGAUGUCACUACCAAAAUCGAGUGUGACUGGAAGAGGGUCAACUCACUGGCCCACUAUCAGGUGACAGAUGGUUCCUUGGUAGCACUGGUGCCCAAACAAGUGUCUGCCUAUAACAUGGCCAACUCCUUCACCUUCACACGCUCACUCAGCCGCUACGAGAGCUUGCUUCGCACAGCCAGCAGCCCUGAUAGCCUCCGCUCGCGGGCCCCCAUGAUCACCCCUGACCAGGAGACAGGCACCAAGCUGUGGCACCUGGUGAAGAACCACGACCAUGCCGACCACCGAGAGGGGGACCGUGGCAGUAAGAUGGUCUCAGAGAUAUACCUGACACGGCUGCUAGCCACCAAGGGCACGUUACAGAAGUUUGUGGAUGACCUCUUUGAAACUGUGUUUAGCACGGCCCACCGGGGCUCAGCCCUGCCCUUGGCCAUCAAGUACAUGUUCGACUUCCUGGACGAGCAGGCUGAUCAGCGGCAGAUCAGCGACCCUGACGUGCGCCAUACCUGGAAGAGCAACUGCCUGCCCCUGCGCUUCUGGGUGAAUGUGAUCAAGAACCCACAGUUCGUGUUUGACAUCCACAAGAGCAGCAUCACGGAUGCCUGCCUGUCAGUGGUGGCCCAGACCUUUAUGGACUCCUGCUCCACGUCUGAGCAUCGCCUGGGCAAGGACUCGCCCUCCAACAAGCUGCUCUACGCUAAGGACAUCCCCAACUACAAGGGCUGGGUGGAGAGGUACUAUCGAGACAUUGCCAAGAUGGCAUCCAUCAGCGACCAGGACAUGGAUGCCUACCUGGUGGAGCAGUCCCGCCUCCAUGCCAGUGACUUCAAUGUCCUCAGUGCACUCAGCGAGCUCUACUUCUAUGUCACCAAGUACCGCCAGGAGAUUCUUACCGCUCUGGACCGAGAUGCCUCCUGUCGGAAGCAUAGGCUGCGCCAGAAGCUGGAGCAGAUCAUCAGCCUCGUGUCCAGCAACAGCUAAGGGUGGUGGAGUCGGUGAGGAGGGGCCUCCUCAGUUCUGAGCCGUCCUCCAGGCAAGGGGAGUGGCUGGGUGUUGCAACAGGGGC